CGCUGGUGGAGAAUUUCCGCUCCCCCAGGCCUUGGUGGCAUCUGUCACCUGUAAAGCGAGCACCGAACGCGGGGGAUGGAGCCCGGCGCCCAUUGGACAAAGUAUAAAGGCAGAAACCUACCCCGAGGACUGGGGACCGGCGAACCGGCGGUGGUGGGCGCGCGCCGCGGCCCCCGUGCCUUUCCCCCCCGCAGGCUCCCAGGCUCUGCGGCGCUGACUUGACCGCGGUCCAGCUUCGGCCACAGGCCCUCCCGGCCUCGGUGGAACGACCAGGUGAGCCUGGCCGAGGCGGGCGCCGGGCGGAGGCCGCUGGGAGGGGCGGCCGGGCUCCCCUGCCGGGCGCACCUUGGCCAUGGCCCUCGCCGCGGCGGCGGCCGCUGCGGCCGCGGGGGUGAGCCAGGCGGCGGUGCUGGGCUUCCUGCACGAGUGCGGCGGGAAGGUGCGCAACUCCGAGCUGUUGAGCCGCUUCAAGCCGCUGCUGGAUGCGGGCGACCCGCGCGGCCGCGCCGCCCGCAGGGACCGCUUCAAGCAGUUCGUCGACGACGUGGCCGUGGUGAAGGAGUUCGACGGCGUCAAGUUCGUGGUGCUGAGGAAGACGCCGCGGCCCCGAGAGGGCCCGGAGCGCCUGCCCUCCUGCGUUUCCAGCCCCGCCGAGCCGCCGGCCCAGCCACCAGAGACCAGGUCCCUCUCUCCCGUGGAACCCGCUGCCUCCGGGGCUCCCUCCUUGGCCUCGGGGCAGCCGUCGGUGGAUGCACCUGGGGACCCGGACCCUCCGUCGGAGCCACAGGACAUUCCUGGGGCGCCGGCCUCUGAGCUCACUCAGCCGACUGGGGAGCCUUUGUUCAGCCCCCCGACCCAGCAGUCAGGGGAGCUGUCCGACCCGGGGCUUCCAGCCUUGGAGCUAGCCCACCCCUCCGGGGACCUCUCUGCAGACGCGGCCCCGGGGUCUGGGGCACCGUCUGAGGCGGCCUUAACCCACGCAGCGCCGCCUGACCCGGAACACGGGCCUGGGGCGACAACAGGGCCGCCGCCACCCCCGGGACGCGCGCCUCCGCAGAAGCCCUGCAUGCUGCCCGUGCGCUGCGUCCCGGGCCCCGCGGCGCUCCGGAUCCGAGCCGAAGAGCAGGGCCUGCGCCGGCAGCUGUCGGAGGAGCCCAGCCCGCGGAGCUCCCCGCCCCUGCUACGGCGGCUCUCGGUGGAGGAGUCCGGCCUGGGCCUCGGCCUCGGCCCCGGCCUGGGCCCGGGCCGCUCUCCGCACCUGCGGCGCCUGUCGCGGGCCGGCCCGCGCCUGCUGAGCCCGGACACCGAGGAGCUGCCCGUCGCGCCUCCGCCGUCAGCCGUGCCCCUGGAGCCGGCCGAGCACGAGUGGCUAGUGCGGGUGGCCAGUGGCCGCUGGACCCACCAGCUGCACGGGCUGCUGCUGCGCGACGGCGGCCUGGCCGCCAAGCGCGACUUCAUGUCUGGCUUCACCGCCCUGCACUGGGCCGCCAAGAGCGGCGACCGCGAGAUGGCCCUGCAGCUGGUGGAGGUGGCGCGGCGCGGGGGCGCGCCGGUCAACCUGAACGCGCGCUCGCACGGCGGCUACACGCCGCUGCACCUGGCGGCGCUGCACGGCCACGAGGACGCCGCGGUGCUGCUGGUGGGCCUGGGCGCGCAGGUGCACGUGCGCGACCACAGCGGGCGGCGGGCCUACCAGUACCUGCCGCCGGACGCCACCUACGCGCUGCGCCGCCUCCUGGGCGACCCCGGCCUGCCCGGCUCCGCCGAGCCCGCCACGAUCGGCGGGGGCAGUCUUGCGGCACGGCGCCCCGUCCAGGUGGCCGCCACCAUCCUAAGCUCCACCACGAGCGCGUUUCUGGGCGUCCUGGCCGACGACCUGAUGCUCCAGGACCUGGCUCGAGGCCUGAGGAAGUCGAGCUCGGGCUCCUUCACCAAGUUCUUGGGGGCCUCGCCCAUAGCUCCCCGUAAAAAGACGAAGGGCCGCGGCGGCGGGCCGGCCUUCCCGGAGAUCUCUCGUCGAUCCGCUCCGGUGCCCUUCCCGGGUCUAAUGCCCAGCCUGCCCCCCGCCACCUGACAGUCGCCGAGGCUCCGACUCGGUUGAUCUAGCUGGGCCUGCCCCUUGCAGUCGACGCCUGCCCGCGGCGGCGGCCCGGCACUUCCCACCCUGUCCGGCCUUGUUCACUGCAGUCUGUUUCACCGGGGGCGCCCACGCCUCCGGCUUCUGCUGAAGCUUCGCCUGUCUCGGAGCUGGGCUUCGAGAUCUCAGUGAGUGUCCUAUGGAGACCGCCAGAAGUCAGGAUUGAACUCUGGGGAAGACUUGAAAUUCAGGGUUAAAGGAGAAGGGGCAGCAGCUGGUCUGGCCCCAGAGCGAGCGAGCCCAGUGCCUCUGCUUCCGCGCACUGCCAAGCCAGGGCCAGUGGCAAGGGCCUCGUUCCGUGCUGUGUGAGGUCGGGUGGUUGGCCAGCUCUAAGAUGCCAGUGGUUUUGUAAUUUGAUGUUUUUAUCCUGUUUUUAAAUUGAAAUGAGGUAAAUUGAAAUGACUUUUAUAAUAACCUUGUGAAAUUAUAUUUUUUCCAUUUUCUAGGCAGAAUGCUUAGACAUUUUGGUCUUUGGUAAAGAUUUUGAAAUUCCAUUAAAAAAAAAAACAACUAAUGAUCAGCAUCUCAAAGAAAUUGCCCUGGAUGGUAUGGCUCAGUGGGCUGAGCGGUGUCCUGCGAAGCAAAAGGUCACCAUCAGGGCGCAUGCGUGGGUUGCGGCCCAGGUCCCAGCCGGGGCUUGCAAGAGGCAACCAAUCCAUGUUUCUCUCCCUCCCUAUCUCCCUCCUUUCCCCUAUCUCUAUAAACAAACAAAUAAUAAUAAAUAAAAUCUUUUUUAAAAAUCUAAAAGAAAUUAGCCCCAAUCAACAAAACCUUUAAACAUUUAUCUACCUCAUUUUAGGCAAUGAAGGUCGCAGAGAAUCUUGGACACAGAACAUGAUCAUUGCAAAUGGAAUUAAUUUUACUGGUACUGUGAAUGCUAAAUAUUGGAAACAAGUGCAUCUUGGGAGAAAAGGCAAUUUAACAAGAGAAACGAGACAUUUGGACAGAUACUUUUAAUUAGUGGUUUUCUUUAUGGUGGGAUAUAAACACAUGUGUUUGGCAUUGGUGGAUGGCAUUUUGAUUUGGCAUGAAUAUCUCAUUAUUUUAAGUGUGUUUAUGUGAAUUGCACUAUCAUACCAUGUUUCUGAAUCUGUGGGUUUUUUUUUCAAUCUGGCUGAGCCUUCCAAUAAUGUAGGUAAAUAUUCCAAGUUGGACUACCACUGAAAAAAAGUUAUAGCAUCCCUCUAGAAAAAUAACUAGUAAAAUAGUACUGGAUACAAUUAAGGAGCAACUAUUUUAUAUGAAAGUUCUGUACAAGUAGAAAGGACACGAUAUCCACUUUGAAAAGUCAUCUGAAAGCCAACACUUUAUUCCAAAAUAGUAGAUUCAGAAUCUCUUUGCUCAGUGACCUUAGAGGGUUGACUGCUGGGGCCUUUGCUUCUCUGUAAUUGAGAAGGUUCGUAGGUAUUGCCAAGAUCUCCCAGGUUCAAGGCAGUGUAAUUCUAAUGGCUCUUCCUCUGUUUUAAAGAUGUGAAAUCUAUUUGCUCAGCCUUUUUUUUUUUUUUUAUGUCAUACGGUGGUGAUGCCCUGCUUUCGCAAAUUGUGUUUGCAUGUCAUUGGUUAUAUCAAAUGGCUUCUGUGGCCCGGGGCAGUGGGGCGCCCCACCACAGACCAGCACAUGUAUUAUCAG